AUGGAAGCAGACAAGGUCACAGAAGAGCCUCAUACCACCAUGGAUGCGGAAGAGAGCCUUUCUUCAAAGGACCCCUCUGCUGAGGACUCACAGAAGCCCCCUAUCCCUGAAAUCCCCUUAGAGCCUGCCCUCUCUGAAACCCCUUUAGAGCCCCUUGCCUCUGAAUCUCAUAUGGUGCCAUCCAUUUCCCAGAUCUCUUUAGAGACCCACACCGCUGAAACCCCUUUGGAGCCUUCCAUCUCUGAGAUUCCUUUAGAACCCUCUGCCUCUGAGGUCCCUUUGGAGACCCCUACCCCUGAGACCCAGUUGGAGACUCACAUCUCCAAGGUCCCAGAGAAACACCUUACUUUUCAGACCUCAUCAUUAAGCUGUGUCUCUGUGUCUUCCUCUGAUUAUCUGAAGGAAGCCUUCUCUGAGUCUUCCUCCAGUGAGGGCUCAUGGACAAGGAGGUCUAUCCAGACCUCUGAAUCUGAGAGCGUUCCAAAGCACUCCCUUUCGGGCCUUCCAGCCCAGGUCCACCUGGACACAUCUGCAAAAGAUGGGGAAGAGGAAGAAGAGGGAGAGAAAGGGGUGGAUGCCACUGACAGCACCACGCACGCAGCUCAGCCUGAACACCAGCUGGGUUACACCGUCUACCCAGUGGUCCCUGCUGAGCAGGCAGACCUGGUGGAAGUGACUAAGGCAAUGCACAAAGGGAAGUUUGGUGCUCAGGUGAAUUAUCUUUUCCAGUGGGAGAAGGAGGCAGCCCUGAAUGCCAUCCAAACAGGUCUCUAUAUUGGCUGGCGCUGUCCCCAUCAUCUAUGGGACUGUUUCCGGAUUGAGGAUGAGUCCAAGUGCUUUUGUGGACACUUGUUGAGAGAGCACCAGAUCAUCUCAGACAUAUCCGUGCCCUGCAAUGUGGGCCAGUGCCGCUGCCUCAUGUUCUGCUUUAUCCCAUCACGCCCAGAGGAGCUGGGUGAGCUCUGGGUCAAGAGGUGGGCCACCUUUAGCCCCAGGGCUUGGAGAGCCCAAUGUCGCUGCAAACACAGCCAUGAGGACCACGCAGCUACCAGGUCCCAUUCCUGCAGGGUCAAAGGCUGUUGGUGCAACUGCUUUGAGCCUAAUUUCCUCUGUGCGGCCUGUGACUGGUGCUGGGAAGAACAUAAGACUUUCUUUGAGACUGAGGAGACCCGGCAGCGAGGAGGGAGGCCUCACGGUGAGGGGGCAACCUGGGGUAGGGGUCCACUCCAGGGUCUGUAAUCAGAAGGCCAGGCAGGAAGGCACUCCUGCCCUCCACCAUCCCAUCCAGGACUAUUUCACCCCUCCCUCCUGCAUCCCAUACCCGCACUGGUUUCCACCCCCAGGAGCAGAUUAUGUGCCUUUAGCGGAGAUGCCUACCCUCCAAGAAGCCAUCAUCAACAACUCUGACUUCGAGGCCCUCCAGAAGAAGGGGCCCUCUGGCCAUCCCAGCUCCCACCCUAGUCCCCCUGGGCUCCCUAGCCCAUGCAGUGUCCAGCCUGGCCCCAUAUCUGACCCCUGUACCUGACCCUUUCACCUCUGCUUCCCUCCUCCAGGGACAGACACUGUCAACACCUGGUGCAGGCCUCUGUGAGCCUGGCCCAGAUAAGCAAUAAAGGGAAAGCCACUGGAAUCUGGCUGGCUCUGUAUGAGGCAGAUAGAGCCCGGC